UUCUGAAGAUGUUUCUACCUGAAACAUAGAGUCUCGGGCUUAUAACUUGUGCAGAUAUAAUCCAGAAUGCAGUUGCUCAGUUUAAACAGGAGUCGCAUGUGCUCUUUCAAAGCAGAAAGAGUGAAGCUCUAAUUCUGUACCCUGAUAAAAUGGCAUUUUCAGAGAAAAUAGAUUCAGUGCUAGAAGAAUCACCAGGGAAAUGCACCAGAGAAGAUGCACUGCAGACAGAUGCAUCUGGAUCCCCUCCAGAAAUGGAAGUGCCAAAAUUUUCAUCUGAAGAACAAACCAAAGAAAUGGAGAUGCCUUCCGAAGGCAUCCCCUCUACUGAAUUCCCAGAAGAAUCAGAAGGAAGAUGCACCACAGAAGGAGCACUCCAGACAGGUGCAUCUGGAUCUCCUCCAGAAAUGGAGCAGCCAAAAUUUUCAUCUGAAGAACAAACUGAAGAAAAGGAGAUGACUUCCAAAGGCAUCCCUGUACUGAAUUCCCAGAAGAAUCAGAAGGAAGAUGCACCACAGAAGGAACACUCCAGACAGGUGCAUCUGGAUUUUCUCCAGAAAUGGAGCAGCCAAAAUUUUCAUCUGAAGAACAAACUGAAGAAAAGGAGAUGACUUCCGAAGGCAUCCCCUCUACUGAAUUCCCAGAAGAAUCAGAAGGAAGAUGCACCACAGAAGGAACACUCCAGACAGGUGCAUCUGGAUUUUCUCCCAGAAAUGGCGCUGCCAAAAUUUUCAUCUGAAGAACAAACUGAAGAAAAGGAGAUGACUUCCGAAGGCAUCCCCUCUACUGAAUUCCCAGAAGAAUCAGAAGGAAGAUGCACCACAGAAGGAACACUCCAGACAGGUGCAUCUGGAUUUUCUCCAGAAAUGGAGCAGCCAAAAUUUUCAUCUGAAGAACAAACUGAAGAAAAGGAGAUGACUUCCGAAGGCAUCCCCUCUACUGAAUUCCCAGAAGAAUCAGAAGGAAGAUGUACCACAGAAGGAGCACUCCAGACAGGUGCAUCUGGAUCUCCUCCAGAAAUGGAGCAGCCAAAAUCUUUAUCUGAAGAGGAAACUGAGGAAAAGGUGAUGACUUCAGAAUGCAUCCCCUCUACUGAAUUUCCAGAAUCAGAAGGAAAAUGCACUAGAGAAAGCGCACUCCAGAUGGAUAUAUCUGGAUCCACUCCAGAAAUAGAGCUGCCAAAAUCUUCAUCAGAAGUAGAAACUGACGAAAAGAUUAUGACUUCAGAGGGCAUCCCCUGUACUGACUUUUCAGAAGAAUCAGAAGGAAAAAGCACUAGAGAUGGUGCACUCCAAAUGAGUACAUCUGGAUCCACUCCAGAAAUAGACCUGCCAAAAUCUUCAUCAGAAAUAGAAACUGAGAAAAAGGUUAUGAUGACUUCAGAAGAAAUAUCUUCUGCUGAAUUUGCAGAAGAAUCAGCAGAAAGAUGCACCAGAGAAGAUUCACUCCAGUCAUGUACAUCUCAAUCUCCUCCAGACAUGGAGCUGCUAACAUCUUCAUCUCUGAAGAAGCUGAGCAAAAGGUGAUGACUUCAGAACCAUUCCUGACCCCUACUGAAUUUCCAAAAUAUGUUCAGGCUGAAACAAUAGAGUUUGAGAGUUACAAAAUUGUGCAGAAAAUGAGUGCAGUCACUCAAUUUCAACAAUCGCAAGAGGCCACUUCUCCUUUAAUGCAGAAGAGUGAAUUGUGUCUAACGGGUUUAAAUGAAUUUGGAAUUCAGGAAGUUUUACAAGUUCGUCAGCAAGUUUCUCUGGCAGAAGAGAAAAAUCAUGAAAUUCAGCCAACAACUGUAAAUGCAGACACAGAAGAAGCCGUUAAAGUAGCAAAAGAAAUGCCUUCAUGUUCUAUAGUAUCUGAAGAUAGAGAAAACUGGAAUUCCAGAAAGACAGAUGCUGAUCUUGAAACUGUGAAAGAGAAUGUAAGCAAAACAGAAAGUAAGCAAUAUGAUUCAAAGCCUGAAUUAAAAGCGGAUGUAGUUGUUUCAACAGAGACUCAAACAUCAUGCUAGGAAGUAUUGUCUCAGGUGAUCAUCCAGUAGGCUCUCUUGAAACAGAACAAUCAACAAGAAAAGAUUUAGAAGUUGGGCUUAUAGACGAAAACCAAGAAAACUUAAUAGAACAUCAGACUCCGAGGAAGAGAAAAGAAGAUUACAGCCAAUCAACAGAAUUUCCUGAGAUGCCUAAGAGGAAGAUACCACAUCUGGUGACAGUCCUCAGCUUCAGACAAAACUCGGAAAAUUCUGAGGUGUAAGAAAAUUCUUACACUUAAACAUUUCUGUUGAAGAUUGUUGAAGACUGCUUCUUACAUUUGGAGGGACCAGUACCCAAAGAAGGUAGCAGAAAAGGAUGGAUUCUGCUUAAACUGGCUGAAGACCAAUGAUUUUGCUGUGAGAACAUGUCUGUGCUUUCAGAUGUUUUUCUGACAAAGUCACCUGACAAUCCUGAGCUACCAUCAGGAGCUUGAGCCACCUCCUUUAAUUUUGAUUGUGAAUACUUCCUUUCACAAUAUUCUUUUACUUUUAUUUUUGUUGUUGAUGAAGAGAUUGGGGUGGGUUAUUGAAUGGGGGCAGGAAGUUUUUCUGUUCAAAUGAUGUCAGUCUCUUAAUCUGGAAAAGAAGUUGGCAUCAUGUGAGAUUCUCUUUCUACCAAUGCUUCUCAAACUGGAUUGUAAUUCUUUGUGUAUUUAUGUUAACCUCUUCUUUCUAUGUAAAAGAUUGAAAGAAAAUUAUUUCACUUGUUUGGGCCAAGAAGUAUUAUGAAUGACCCACCACUAACUAUCGAUGGUUCCAACCAACUUAACAUUGGUUUCCCAUUUGCUUGGAGGAAUGUGAGAAUAAAUGUUUUAUGAUAUAUUUGCUAUUGAUUUCAGAAAGGUCAUUGCCAAACAAUGCACCUUCUCUUGAUCUGUUAGUAAAUUGUAAAUCUAAUUCAUACUUCAUGAAUAGUGAAAUACACUGUGAUUUCUUUAAAGUAAUUUAAAUAAGUAUAUUUGGCUUACAUUUAUAUUUGCAUUCAUAUUCAGAAUAAAUGCAUUAUAUGAAUAUUUAGGAUGCCUGGAGUAAAUACACUCAAUUUUGUUCAAUGCAACUCAUAAUAUGAGAUGCACUUACAAAAUGGGCAGGCUUCAAAUGCUCAGCAACUGAAUAAUCAUUAAAUAUUCUUCUUUCAGAAUUUGACUUUCAAGUCACCAAGUUGUAUAGCCAGUCAAAUUAAAUUGCAUUUUGUAGUCUUCAUAUCUAUCUAAAUGAGCUUUUUCCAAGGCCCCCAGCAGACUCAUUGUCCUACCUGUAUUAUAUUUUAUUUGACAUGUACCCAGGAAACUAUAGAUGCGUACUGUUAAGAGCUGCACAAUGAGGAAUAA